AGCAGGGCACGACAUUUUGACUAAAUCAAAACAAAGAUGGCGUCUGCGUUAACAAACAUGCUUGAAUUGUGCAAUUUUUAGACAAAUUAUCAGUUUUCUCGCAGUGUCAUAGUUUUUGAAGAAGGUUACUAUGGCUGCUCUUGACUCCCUGGCUGAGCUUAACAGUAUCCUUGAGGAAUGGAACUCAGAAAAUGAAACAACUGGCUUUGCUACAUCAGAUCCAGUUCCAAAACUGAAGAGAUUAGCAGAGAUUGUUGAGUAUGAAACAGAAUCAUUCUACAAAAUGGAUCCAGAUCCUUUUGAUGACCGACAUCCUGGGCGAGCCAACCCAAUCUGCACCUUGGGCCAUCUUUUCAAGGCUAUGUUCAAAAAUGAAGAGUUUAUGAACAGGUUGGUGAGUAGUUACAUGUUACAUGCACAGAGGGACUUGAAUAUACAGACAACUGCCUGCAGGCUUCUGUAUGACAUUCUUCCAGGCCUGGAAACAUCCGUUGUCUUCCAGGAAACAGAAGGUCUAGUGGACAAGCUACUAGAGUGGGCAGAGCAUGGUGAUGAGCCAAUACGCUCCUACGCCACAGGGCUACUGGCCGGUGCCAUGGAGCUGCAGGAUGUUGCUUCAAACAACAAGGACAAAAACUCACUCCUGGUUCCAAUAAUGCUGCAGAGAUUACAUGAGCUACAGCAUGAGAUGCAUGCUGAGUAUGUACAGGACGAAGCACACAAGGUUGAAGGGAACAUGCGGCAUUUCUCCAUGUUUAGUUCCCCGGGACGUAGCCCAGCACGCAGCUUCACCUCCCCCAGCAAGCCCGCGCCCAAGUCCCCUAGCCGCUCAGAGAGUGGGGUGUCUCCAGGCAAGAAAUCACCAGCAAAGUCACCAGGAUCUUCAUUAAAGCUGGACCAGUCAAUUCCAAGUGAAAAUGUAGAGACUGCUGUUGCAGUAAAUGGGGACAUCUCACAGGAUACAACUAGUUCAAGUAAAGAAAUAAAUGACAUUCAGUGUUCAGAGAAUGGUAGUAUUGAAAUAGAAGUGUCGGGAAGAACUUCAUCAAAAAAGGAUGCAAAAUCUACAAACACAAGAAGUGCUAUAGUCAGUAAUAGUCAGACUGCAUGCGCAAGUAAUGUCUCAGAUAGUGUUGAUAACAGUGUAGACAAUAAACAGAGUGUAAAUAGUGCAUUAACAGACAGUGAUACAGAUAAUAAAGCAAAGAUUGGGGAUGAGGAUGAGGGGGUGGAAGAAAAAGGGAAAAUAACCAUGGAGGAGCGGAGGGCCCGUAUUAAACGAACACUCUCACCCAGCAUGUACAGUGGAGAUACCAACCAGCACAAGAAACAGAGGACUGGUGAUGAAAACUUUAUGUUGAGUGAUGUUAGCAACAGUAGCUGGGCUGCGAUCCAGCCCUACCUGAUUGGUACCUACAGCCUGGAGCCCCUCACACUGGGCAUGAAGCAGCGCCUCAUACUCCAGUACCUUACACCCAUGGGAGAGUACCAGGAGUUGAUAAGCUGUGCAUUUGAGCACCGAGCAAUGGACCUUGUGUUCUACUAUAUCAAUCUCAAGUACAACAGAGAUGUGAGGCUCGCGUUUGAGGCUCUCAAGUACCUAGCUGUUCUUCUAUGCCACAAGAAGUUUGCCAUUGAGUUCCUUAACCGUGGUGGGGUACAGAAGCUUCUUGAUGUGUACCGGCCCUCGAUCGCUGCUACAGGUGUCUCCUUGUGUCUAUACUACCUCUCCUACUUUGAAGAUGCCAUGGAAAGGGUUUGCCUACUCUCGGAUCACAUUCUAACAACUCUUGUCAACUAUGUGUUAUGGUUAAUGGAGUGUUCCCAUGAUUCAAGUCGCUGCCACGCCGCCAUGUUUUUCAUCCAGUCCUUCCCCUUCCUUGUAAUACUGAACAGAUUUGACACUCACGAUGGUCUACGCAGGCUAUACAAUGUGAUCAGCACACUGGAGAUCAUGAACAUCGAGAGCAGCGCGAGUCUCACUGACGACCAGGUGUUUACAAUGCGCCAGUGUACCCGUCAUGUGUGUGUUGCAAUCAAGAAGUACUUCGAGUGCCAUCUAGUCCUCAAGGUCAACGAGCUCAAGAGGUCAAAUGCCCGCAGUGAGGGCGGCUCACCCCAGCAUGAGACUCCGGCCUAUAAGGCAAUGAAGCUUACACCAGAGAUAGUGUCAGAGAAUGUGGAGAACCUACUAGAGAACCUGCCCAUCCGACAGCAGUGGGACCCAGAGGCCACGUUCUACAGACUUGGUGGCAUCAAACUCCUCACACAGCUGGUGGCUAUGUCACAUGACUGGAGCAGCUACACCGGCAAACCAGAGACAAUUCGGGCUGCCCUAGAUGUGAUAGCCAUGUGCUGUGUGACCCCCAAAUCCCAGCUUAACCUACUGGAGUCCAUCCCCCUGCCGGAAGACACACUCACACCUGCUAUCAGUGUGUUUAUUGGAAUGAGCGAGGGUGAUGGCAUGCAAGACCCUGAAGUUCAGAGGUCAGCCCUCUCCAUCAUCAUCAACUGUGUUUGUGCUCCGCUAGAGAGGCUGGGUGGCGGUGUUGGGCGUUACCUCGGCUCGGGCUCCCGGAAGAAAAUCAACUGGAAACUGGGCGAGGACAUUCUCUCCAAAAUGUGGAAUGGCAUCCGUGAAAACAACGGAAUUAUGGUGUUGCUGAAGCUGCUGACCGUGAAGACACCAAUCACAGAUGCUGACUCCAUCCGGGCUCUAGCCUGCAAGGCCCUGGUGGGAAUGGCACGGUCUGAGACGGUGAGGCAGAUCAUCGGCAAACUCCCCAUCAUAUCCAGUGGACAGUUACAAUCCCUGAUGAAGGAGCCAGUGUUACAAGACAAGCAGCAGGAGCACGUCAAGUUUUGCCGCUUUGCCACAGAGCUGAUUGAACGGGUCUCGGGAAAGGAGUCCCACCGAUACUGCAACGCUUCAUUGGAUGAUAUUAGGAAGGCUGAUAUUGUGGCCCAGUCCAAGAUCAUCUACAAUGAGAAGGAAUUGUUACAGUUAGUCUACCAUCACCUGCACACCAAAGGAUACCUGGAGUCGGCGGACAUACUCCAGCGUGAGGCGGGGCUGUCAGGCUGUGUGACCCCACCACCUCAGGUGCCUGCCCCCCACAUGUUUGCCCCUGUACACACCAACAGCCCUACUUCCCAUCAGUCACCGACACAGUCACACAUAGUUGUCACACCCAGACCAGUUCAUCGACAGUUGAGUCAGCCAAUGAGCCUCCUACCUGCCAUCUCAAAUAGCCUAGCCACCAACCUGACAAACCUCCAGUCUUCAUCUCCCCUGCAGCUAAGUCCCGCCCAGUCUGUAAGUCAGUAUACUGCUACUUCCAGUAACCAGUCAACUGCUGGAACACAGCCUGGGGCCCAGCUCAGCACCGUGGCUGUCAACAGUACCCCACAGACACCUGGUGGACCCAUCAGAUUCAGCAUUAGCAGACAGGGACAGCAAGUGAACACUCCUGUCACAUCACACUCCGCUCUCAGAGCUCCAAGCUCACAGCAGAGAUGUAAAUACGUUAAGGAGCGUGACAACGCCCUGUUCAGCCCAGCCAUCAAACGAGAGAUGCUUGCAAAGUCUCACGCUGGGACGGAAAUAACAUUAGACAAGAUCAUCACCGAAUACCUCCGUAAGCAGCAUGCACUCUGCCGGAACCCAGUAGUCACAUGUCCACCCAUGUCGCUCUUCACGCCUCACAGAUGUCCGGAGCCACGAGGAAACAUCUUAGCACCACUUAGCUUUACCACUAGGACCAUUAAGAAAAUGACACACCCAAAGUAUGGAGGUUCAGACGGAUGUAAGCUGGACAGGAAGUUCAUAUAUAGCAGAUUCCGGCCAGUGAGAACGUACAAGGACUCUGACGAUGAUGGGUUCUCCUGCUGUACAUUUGCAACAACCCAACAGUAUUUGAUGAUUGGUACUUAUGGAGGAAACCUGAGGCUAGUUAACACACAGAGUGCUGAGGAGACUGGAAGUUUCCACUGCCACACGUCCCCCGUCACACAUUGUGAACACUCCAGGGAUGGUAAACUGGUGCUGACGUCCUCCUCCUACGGCAUCAUGUACAGCUCCGCCCUCUGGUCAUGGGGGUCUGAGACACUGGAUAACAAAUUUAACUUUGAAGACCACCAUUUGGAGUUCAGUAGACACGUGCAGGAUCGUUUAAUAGGCACUAAAGAUGAAACUGCAAAUAUCUAUGAUAUAACAACUGGUGAACGUAUCGUGAAGCUCUUUGAUGCGGACAAGGCCAACAACUACAAGGCAAACCGAGCCAUCUUUAACCCGACAGACGACCUGGUGCUCAAUGAUGGGGUAUUGUGGGAUGUAAGGUCAGCGAAGGCAAUCCACAAGUUUGACAAGUUCAACCAGUAUGUCAGCGGCGUCUUCCAUCCUGUGGGGCUUGAGAUAAUCAUCAACUCAGAAAUUUGGGACAUUCGCUCAUUCCAGCUUCUCCACACAGUUCCAGAGCUUGACCAGUGUCAGAUACGCUUCAACUACCUCGGAGAUGUCAUGUAUGCGACUCGUGUGGAUGAGGAACUGGACAUGGAGUCAGAGAGACACAGCCCCUUUGGCUCUAUCUUCCGAACACUAGACACAACAAAUUACUCUCUCAUAGCAACGGUGGACGUGAAGUCUCGCAGUAUCGCAGACAUCUCCACAGACAAACUGGACAACUAUCUUGCCGUUGUAGAGAACACCCAGUCUCAGGACAUUGGAUCCAACGAGAACAUCUGUCGUUUAUACGAGAUCGGCAAACUCAGGGAUGAUGAUGAUGAUCAGCAAAAUGAGGAAGAGGAGGAGCAGGUGGCAGAUGACGAUGAUGAUGAUGAUGAUGAUAAUGGUGAUGACUUCAUGUUAGGUGAUGAUGAUGAUGAUGACGACGAUGAUGAUGAUGACGACGAUGAUGGAGAUGACCAGGGUGCAUUAAUUGAAGGUAUAGACUUUGGCAGUGAUGGAAGUGAUGUGAUUUUGUCGUUGGGAAGUGAUGAUGAAAACGAUGACGAUGACGAUGAUGAUGAUGAUGAUGAUGAUGAUGACAUUGAUGAAGAUGAUGAUGAUGAUGAUGACGAUGAUGAUAUAAUAUUUGAACUUGCUGACUGAAUGUGGUUCACUGUUGGCCUGACUUUGUGCUGUCAUGGAUGGUUAAUGUUUAUUAUGUUAAAACUUUGGGAAGGUUACCUUUAUAAAGUUGUUUUGAGAAGUGCUAUAUCAAUAUUAUGAAUUGCCUUACAUACAUUAUAUGAGAAAUUUUAGACUCAGAGUAAAUUGUAUGAAGCCUAUUUGCUAAUUAUUUGAAAUGAAGUCCAUUUGGAUGCUUUAAAAGGGUCUAGAAUGCUUUAUAGAAAUAAGCAAGCAAUUAAAAGAAGAAGAAAAUCAAAGCUCUACAUGAAACUUUAUUUGGUUUAAACAUACUGAGACUUCUGUUUUAUGUAUGUUAAGCAUACCAUAUCUACUGAAAUAAGAAAGCCUUCAAGAGACUAACUGAUUUAAUUUGGUAAUAUUUUUUUUGAACUUGUUAAAAAUUGAGAAAUUUUACUUCCUUUUGUGAACAAACAUCAAAAUGCAUUUGACAGACACUCCUUUGAACAUAAUAUUGGAAAACCAUAAAUGCAUUAUUUAGUAAGUAGUCGAAGGUUUAUCAGCUCAAAAUUGAUGUUUGUUAAACAUGAUGUGUAUGUAUUGAUUUUGAAUAAGAGUGUCAUCUUAACUUAAAAUGAUAUUGGUUUCAGGCAAUUAUAUAAGAAUGAUGUAAUAUUUGAAAUUGGUUUUAUAACAUGAUUGGUAAAACUUAUGAGCCUGCACCAGGCCUCCCCGUUCAUUCACCUUCAAUUAAGGUGCAGUAUGUAGGCGAUAAGGAGAAUUUUUGGGACAUGCCUUUGAUACUGUUUGUGGUUAUUAUCUUUAUGUAAUAUGAUUUGCAGCAUGUGACGAUGAUGUGUACAAAUGAGAGGUGCUUUGUAUAUAUUGUGUGUACAUAUGUACAUAAAAUGUUCAUGUUUUUAAGUUAUUUGUGACUGCAGCUUAUCCGGUCAAAGACGAGCUUUAUUCAAUCUCUAAAUUCCCGCUAUGUGAGUAGAAGACAACUGAUAUAUGUAUAUUUGAUGUUAGUUGAUUUCUAGAAGAAUAUACAGGAAGUGUAAUAUAUUUGAUAAUGGGCGUCCCCCCAGCCCCUGGUGUGCUACCGCUUCAAUCCACGCAUGCUACCAGAAUGUGAAACUACCGGAUGGUGAUGGUUUUUAGGACAUGAAAGCGAACUUUGUUUAAAUUGAAAUGUGCAGCUGCAUGCAAUGUUCUAAUUAAAACCUGUUACAUCA